UGCUGCUGCAGCUCCAGGCGCGCGGCAGCAGCAGCAGCAGCAGCAGCAGCGGCAGCAGCGCAGCGGCCAAUCACCAUGUCCUCCCUGCCUUCAGAGGAACACACCGCGCUAAUUAGGCUCGUGAACUAACAAAGCUGCCCGCACGAGCCCGCUGGAAGAAGCGCCGCCGCCGUCCAUGGAUUAAGUCCGGGAGAUUUUCUUCCUCCGCAACUUUCUUUCCCUGCGCACAAACUUUGCGCCGUUUUUUUUUCUUCUUCUUUGGGAGUACUUUGUGUUUGCGCCUAAGCUGGGGACCCUGGACCCGCAGACCAUGUUCCAGCCCGCGCCCAAGAGGUGCUUCACCAUCGAGUCUUUAGUGGCCAAAGACAACCCUCCUCCCGCCGCGGCGUCCCGCUCCGAGGAGCCCAUCCGGCCCGCGGCGCUCAGCUAUGCCAGCCCGGGUCACAUGAACCCGUUCCUGAACGGCUUCCACCCCGGCGGCGGCCGCGGGGUCUACUCGUCCAACCCGGACCUGGUGUUCGCCGAGGCGGUGUCCCACCCGCCGAACCCGGCCGUGCCGGUGCACCCGGUGGCGCCGCCGCACGCGCUGGCCGCGCACCCGCUCUCCUCGUCGCACAGUCCGCACGCGCUGUUCGCCAGCCAGCAGCGGGACCCGUCCACCUUCUACCCCUGGUUGUUGCACCGGUACCGGUACCUGGGCCACAGGUUCCAAGGUAAAAGUCUGGUUCCAGAACCGGAGGACGAAGUUCAAGCGGCAGAAGCUGGAGGAGGAGGGCUCGGAGUCGCAGCAGAAGAAGAAAGGCUCGCAUCACAUAAACCGGUGGAGGCUCGCGACCAAACAGGCGAGUCCGGAAGAGAUCGACGUCACUUCGGACGAUUAAACAAAAACUCCAGAGACUUUUGUUUUUUGUGGACAUGAAGGAGGGGACAGGGUUGGACAAAACCCGGGCUGGCACUGGCGCGCCACGCGGACACAAACCCACCGAAGCCAGGAGGACCCGAACCCGGACCCGGACCGGCAGCAGAUCUCAUCUAACUUUUUUUCUCCAAAUCACAUUUUUUUGCACUUCCCCUUCUUUUUAAACCAAGAAACCAAAACAUCAAAUUUUUCCCCUCUUUUUUUUUUAUCAAACUGCAUGUCCUAUUUUUUUAAAAAUAGUGCUUUAAUUUGACAAGAAGGGAAAAAAAGAAUCUAAUUUUGGUUUUGAACUCGGAUUUUCAGAUGUUUUUUWAACUCAUGAGUGUAAAAGUGAUGUGAAACAUAUGAAGUAGGUGCUGCGUUCAGUGGGUUUCAGUUUCCUUUUGUUUUUUUAAAGAAAAAGAACAAAAAAAAAUCAGGUGAAUCAGAUCCUAAAAGGCAUCAGGACAUUCCUCUAAAGCCAAAGCKUCAUAAAAGUCAGGAUUUAUUCAGCAGAACAGAAAAGUAAAAAAAAAAAGAAGAAACUUCCGGUUCCAUGUACAGCUCAGCCUCUUUUACAGGAUGUAAAUAAUUUGUGUUCGUGUUCAGUUUGCUACGAUUUUAACACAAAGUAUACUUCCAAGAAGUAUCUGUAAUUGUCAAUAUUUUGUCAAUAAAGUUUUAUGAACAUG